GCCAGUAUCAUCGGAGUCAAAAUAGCGCCAAAGGCUUCGCAAGACACUUCGUCUAAUUUUUCCCGCACAAUUCGGGCUCUAGUGAGCGAAGACUAGAAAGAAGACAGUUUUCUAAAUGUGCAAUCGAAAGUGGUCGAAAUGAACAACGUAGUUAAUUUCUUCCAGCGACAAUAUGGAAAUGGAUUCUCUGCAUCAUACGAUACGGUGCUGAAGCGACUCGCUGUGCACGAACGGGAUAGCUGGAAGGGAAUAACUCCCUCUGAGGUGACGGCAGAUUUCAAUCCUACUCCCCCGAUUCUGGCAGCAAAAUUUGCCAAAUGUGAAGGAAACGAACAUAUUCUCGCAAUAGCCAACGAGGAUGGAAAAAUUGCCAUCCAGGACACAAAUCUGUCGAAUGAGGAACGUGGUGAGGAGCGGGCGCUGGACGGCGAACAAUGUCACAUGAAUGUGAUUUUCGACAUCGAAUGGAUGCCCGGGAACAUGAAGCUGGUUUCGGCCUCCGGCGAUCAUACGGCGCGACUGUGGACACUGACCGAGUCGCAGCUGGUAUCGAGUCAGAUUUUUAACGGUCACUCACGAUCGGUGAAAACGGCUUCCUUCAGACGAACCGAUCCGGCCGUUUUUGCGACGGGAGGACGGGACGGUGUGAUAAUCCUGUGGGAUAUUCGAGCACAGCUCGGAUCUAAUAUGGCUCCAAGAGCGGAUAAUUGUAUAUUCAGCGGACACGCGGGUGGACCGCGAACGCCUUCAACGCACAGAAGGAGAACACGAACUACUCCGAAGAUUCCACCGCAUGGAUGCAGCAGUAGUAUUACUGGUCUCGUGUUCCAAGACGACAACACUCUGAUAUCCUGUGGGGCCGGCGAUGGAGUAAUCAAAGUUUGGGAUAUCCGGCGUCACUACAACGGUCACAAUCGUGAUCCGCUACCAAAGCACAGUUUUCCCUACGCCGGAACAACUGCCCUGAGAGGGUUUACCAAUCUAUCGAUUGAUAGCAACGGAACGCGACUAUAUGCUAACUGUAUGGAUAAUCAUAUCUAUUGCUAUAACAUCUCUACGUACGGAGCUCAACCCAUUCAGCGAUAUGGGGGAUUCAAGAAUGGGACGUUUUAUAUAAAAUCCUGCUUGAGUCCGGAUGGGCAGUAUUUAAUCAGUGGCUCGAGCGAUGAGAGGAGUUACAUCUGGAAUGUGGACAAUCCCAACCCGUUAUUGCAACUGGACGGUCACACGGUUGAAGUAACCAGCGUGGCUUGGAUGCAAAGCUAUAGUGACAUUCGGGUUGUGACUUGUAGCGACGAUGCCAGACACAAAAUUUGGAGAAUUGGACCGGAACAUAUCGAUGCAGAUCAUAUGAUGAACUACAGGGGGAAUACAGAGUAUUGCGAGGGUUACAGACGGGAACCAGCGAAAGUUCGACUCAAAUCAUUGGAGUUUACGCCAAGAUCAGUGAGAAGACUGGUAGAGCGGAGCGAGAAAACACCAAACACGGUCGAAAACAAGUCAACGAGUAAGCGAUCCUUUUUGGAAAUGGCUGGUUGUGAUCAGCAAGAUCCAUCAACCUCUUGUCUGGAGAUCAAACGCCCCAACAUCGAAACGCGCGGCCGAAGACUAUUUAGUCCUGCUGACACAAAUAGCCGAUCAUCCGGGUUCGCAGCGCUGGAAAUUGCCUCAAAUUCACUUUCCUCACGAAGCCUCAACACAAUUCUCGAAGAAAGUGACGAUAAAACCCCUUUCAAUAGUAAGGCGCCACUCGCGUUGUCCGAUAUGAAUCUCCGAUCCCCGGAACCGAGUGCGUCCGGGACCAGCUACAAGCCAGUAGCCAGUGUUCUGUCCUCGCCAACUGUCAAUUUGCCAAACUUUGUCAUCGACGGAGAGGCACCGCAUUUAGUCAAUGUGACGAGCAGUCCUAGCAACCGGAAGCUGAAGGAAAACGUUGACUGGCUAACCAAAAUUCGAAAGCAGAAACUGCUCCAAACAACCAAAUCUGUCGAGGCGGUAGUUUCAAACACUUCGGGCGACGUCUCACUGCUGCUAUCCCCACGUCUUCAAAUGUUGAAAACGUCCGAUGACAGCUCAGCCAUAAACCAAACCAACACACAGCAGCAACCAAGCACCCCUCGGAGACGAACUUCCCAGAGCGAAGGUCAUCCUAGAACACCCGGGAGCAGACGAAAUUCUGUCAACAGCAGGGACCAGGGACCACCAGGCACGCCGAAUAUGUCGAUUCGAAGAUUUUUUAUCACCAUAACGCCCACUAGCGAAACGAAUGUUUGAAUACCCGUUUGCGGCCCUACAAUGAAUUCUCAGGAUGAAAAGAGCUUGUGUUCAAAUAUGUUAAACAUUUCUAUCAAUAAUAUAGAAAAUGCAUUAUCUCUAUUUAGGAGUUUUUAAUACGCUCAACCAUUGACUGAUUACUGUGGUCAGCACUGUUAAACGGUCAUGAUCAUUGAUAAGUAGCUCCCUAUCAAACGGCUUACGCUUUUCGUAUCGAAUAUAGUGUUUUAUGAUUGUGUACAUAGGAGGAGGGAA